AUUGUACACAGCUCCAAAUAAUAAUUUCUUAUUUACUCUUUCCUUGCUGAGUCAUUCAAGGUGAAUAUUUAGGUUAGGAUCACAUGUAUAUAUAACUCUAUUAGCACAACACAAAAAUCGAUAUUUUGUGUAGGUAAUAUAAACGCAGAACGAAGAAUAACCACCAUUUUGAAACUGGAGUUGAGCAGAAACCUCCAGGGACAAUGAUGCUUAGAUGUUUGGUGGCGGUUUGCCUCCUUGCUCUCGUCGCUUCCCAGGCAAGGGAAGAGUUUGGUAGACGCCGGAAAGGUGAGCAUGGAUUCCCUAAAGGCAGUAGUUCCGAGAGUAGCUCUCAUGGUUCCGACUCUAAAACUAGCGAAGAGAGUUCUGAAUUAGAUAAGUGGGAAAGGAAACCUCCCGGACAUCCCAGAUGGGGGAAAAAGGAUGGUGAUGACUGGGAGUCUCACGAGGUGGGCAGACGUCCAGGAGGGCACUCUCACGGCGGACAUAGUGAGCAUCGCGGACAUGGAGGACACGGUGGACAUAGUUCCCACGGCCCACAUGGCAAGCGACCACCACACCAUGAGGAUCGACCCAUGACAAAACCAUCGAAGGGGCCAAACAGCGAAUCCAUGAAGAGCAAAAUGGAUUCUGAGGCAGACGAUUUAGAAAGUAGGAUUGAAAAACUUGAAGAAAAUGAUGCUCUUGUUCAACUCAGACUUGAUGCUGACUUCGAUUCAAUUACUGGCAAAGCAUAUGCGUUCAAGGUUGCGAUGAAGAAACAACUAAGCAGAGAGACUGGUUGGCCACAAGAAAACAUUAUUGUAUCUAGUGUGGAACCAGGAAGUAUCAUUAUCAACUUCGAGAUCAAAGAUAACUAUGAUUGCAAUGUGCAUUCUGGGAUGGAAGAUCUCAAGAGAAAGCUGGAUGCAAAGAGUCUGACGUUCAUAUUCGAGGGUAGAUCUAUGUCUGUCUUGGACUACGAAAUGUGGGUUAACGAUAAGCCGUCCAUGUUCCAUCACAAGAAAUGGAAGAAAUUUGCCGUAAUAGGUGGCGCAGUCGGAUUGGUCGUGGUUGUUGCCUCGCUGAUACUAGCUUGUGUGAUUAUGUUUAAGGCAUCAAAGAAGAGACGUUUCCACAAUAAACGGGAUUUGGUGAAACAGGAUAUUUUGGCAAACUCUUUCGACAAUGAGAUCUACGGGAAACUUCCAGAAAAGGUGAAGUUCGAUGACAUAGCCUCCAUCAAAAGCGAUGCAACAGCGUGAAUCACCGGCAUGUGACGCGUGUAUGUCAUGUAUUUUAAUGGAAUGUACAACGACUAUAAAUUGAAAAUCAUUUAACUAAACAUUUGCUCUUGUAAAUCCACCAAAACCAAGCUCUGGAUUAUCAGCUGGCAAACUGGAUUAUGUCUAAUACGUUUUGAAUAGAUAGAUAUUAAAGACUGAUAUUAAUAAAUCCAUCAUUCUUAUAUUAUACGUAUCCUAGUAUUAAGAGACAACUAUUAUAUGGAGCAUCGCAUUUGUUACAGAAAAGAUGAAACUAUUUUCACGAACUGCUUUAUGUGUUAUUGCAUUAACAUAAUUGCGAGGACCAAUGGGAAGGAAAACAUUUAGAUCAUAAAGCACCUCCUUUCUGCUGAAUGACAAUCGCUGAAAUAGACAGCUAGACUGUAGCUCAGUGUAUUGAGAUUUAGGGUUAUACUGUAACACACCUUUUAACACGGCCGUGUCGCAAGAGAAUCGGCAUGGAAUUCUGCGAGCAAAUCUUCCCUUUGGCUAUGUUAAUAAACAUCCAUUUACUUUUAUAUGUUGUUAUAAAAACAUUGUAUGUAGCCCAGUCAUAUUUAUGAUAUAUGAUGUGAAAAUUUAAAACUGGCAAUUUGUAAUUCAAAACUACAUUUAAGAUGUGAUCAACUUAAAAGUGGCCCAGUUCAGUGCAGUCUUAUAUAUGAUUAUUUUACUAUCAAAUUUAAAAGUAUACUAAUAUAUAUUUUAAGAACAUUUAUUAUUUUGAUAGCUUUUAAACCUCUUUGUAUAUAUGUCCUAUGUAAUAGUUUUUGCACCUUUCGUGUCUUACAUAUCUGCUUAUGAAAUAAAAUAUUUUGCGCAC